GAUACGUAUUAGGUAGAUCUUGAGGGUACUCACUCACUCACCCUGUUGACCCCACCUUUUUUAUCUUGUCGCAUUCCGCAUCGCACUUCACCUGUCUCUGGGUCACAGGAUAUUACAAAACGCUGACGGUUCGAUUUCACCAGGAACAGCUGUGACCAAAACAUUGACUUUGAAAUCGAUGCACGGGGUCGAAGCCAUGUCGAAUUAACCCCAAGGAGCUGUCAGUGCCUUGUCCCGCACAUCAGCCAAUGCGCCCGUCUGGCCGACCCGCAAGUAGCAAACUGUCGCACGAGGCUAUUUGAGGAACGACCCAAAGCGCGCAUGUUGCACGUCCAUUUCAAGUCCAGCAGUGUAUAUGCCAAUCACCGGCGUCUCUGACCGGAAGUUGAAGACGGUCUGCAGAACCCUUGAAGAGGCAGCCGAAGAGGGAAAAGCUCUGGUGAACAUGAAAGAUAUUACACAAUAUCUAAAAGACUGCGCCAUUGAUCCUGAAACUAUAGAAGAGAUGACACAUGAACAAGUUGGACAGGUUAUGGAGUGUCUAAAACCAAACCAAAGAGAGAAUGAAAGGGGUCCAGACAAGCAAGCACCUCGGAUUCGUGAAUCCGAGCAUCCCAUGACUGCGCAUGAAAGUCGAAACUUGGACGCCGACUUAACUGAAGAUAGCGCUUAUAUGAGCAAUAUGAGUAUCUCCGAGCCGGGCGAUGAUAAUUCUGAGACUUUCCCCGUGAGGCUUAUAUCGCCGAGCUAUAUCGGGAAUAUCGAGAGAGUCAUAGGUAAACUGAGCCUUUCCCAGGAAACAAGCAUUUUCGACCCAACAGACUUGGAGAUGGAUCACCUUGAACAUGGCAGUGAAAUAAAGCUUCAGUGGAGCACCGAUGGCCCCCCUUUGGGCAAGAAGAAUGGAAACACACGGUUUCUCGUCAAAACCAUCGAUCGUCGCGGGCCGAAUAUGAUUUUUGGUAGGGGGUAUGAUGAUCUGAUAUUGGGCAACCAGGUUACUGAAUCUGAAGACGCUAUGCCGUCCCGAGGAAAAUAUGUUCCUAAAGUGGGCCCCUCCGCCCGUCAAAUAGAUGAGGAGGAGGAGGAGGAUAAGGAGGAGAGGAAUGAUUACGUCGUGGACAUGAUCCACAGGUCCUAUGAACAGGAAAAAGCCCGAAGAAAAAGAAGACGUGGAGAAGGGAUACCUGACGAUGAUCCUCAGUCAAAAAGGGCUAGGAUGAGACCCAUGGAACGUUGAAAUAGAUUCAUCUGCGGGCACCAAAAUCGGGUGUUAGUUAAGCUUCAAUGAUACAAUCAGACGGUGGGGUUUUGGUAAUACCCUAUGAAACGAUGGUUACAGUACAAGGUUAUUACGCCGGCGUCAUGGACGAUAGAAGGUCGAAAGAUACAGGUCCAGUUCCAAGGAGUGGUCAUAUGUAUAACAGCCACCUGGCAAGUUUUGGCGCAUGGUGUAACGGAUCAACAUGGCGGGUUUCAAGUUGGGAUUUUUUGUAAUGGGUCUUAAUAAAGUAGAAGAUAUUACUCAAAG